AUGGCGUCGAGAAUCCCGCUCUGGCUCGACUGUGACACCGGACACGAUGAUGCCUACGCGCUGCUGCUCUGCGCCCACGACCCGCGCGUCGAGCUCCUGGGCACCAGCACCGUGCACGGCAACGCAGCCCUCGACCAGACGACCUUCAACACGCGCGCCAUCCUCGAGGCCCUGGGGCGCCGCGACGUGAAAGUGUACACGGGCGCCGCGAAGCCGAUUGUGCGCGACGCCGUGCACGCGGCCGAUAUCCACGGCGAGAGCGGACUCGACGGCGUCACGCUGCUGCCGCAGCCCGUCGAGCCCGCGGCCACCGACGUGCCGUACCUCGAGGCCAUGUACCGCGCGCUCAUCGCGACCCCGCCCAACACGGCCUGGCUCGUGUCCACCGGCACGCUGACCAACAUCGGGCUGCUGUUCCAGCAGUACCCGGACCUCGCGGGGCACCUCAAGGGGCUGAGCAUCAUGGGCGGCGCCGUGGGGCACCAGUUCACCGACGCGCCCAUGGGCAAGGUGCAGGGCGAGGGCGAGCGCUUCGGCAACUGGACCGCGUACGCCGAGUUCAACAUCUACUGCGACCCCGAAGCCUCGGCCUUCAUCUUCGCGCACCCGGUCCUGCGCCCCAAGACGACCCUCGUCCCGCUCGAUCUCAGCCACCUCGUCCUCGGCACGCAAUCCGUGCGCCGCUCGCUGCUGUACGGCCGCGCCGCCGCCACACACACAGACACACCCACAGACACCCCGCGCACCCCGUCCACCCUCCGCGCCCUCUUCGCGCAAAUCAUGUCCUUCUUCGCCGGCACCUACGCCACGGUAUUCUCCCUCACCGCCGGCCCGCCCCUCCACGACCCUCUCGCCGUCGCCGCCGCCAUCUACCCGGAAUUGUUCGAUGACCGCGGCGGCGAGCGCUUCCGCGUCGACGUCGUCACCGCAGGCGUGCACUCGCUCGUGCAGUCCGAGGUGGGCGAGCUGGGCAGGACUAAAGUCACGCCGCUGCCGCCGGGCGAGGGCGGGUGCCGGAUCCCAAGGGCUGUGGACUUGGAGCGGUUUUGGGGGUUGGUGGAGGAUGGGUUGGCGAGGGCGGAUGCGGUGAGUCCGUUGCCGGUGGUUGAUCGGGGGGUGUUGGAGCGCGAUGGCGUGUUUGUGGGGAUUGACUAG